AUGGCGUAUCUUCCUUCAGCAAGAGAUUUACCUGCAGAUUUUGCUGCUCUCAACCCAGGAUUGGGAAAUAUCGAAAGACCAUGUACUCCCUUGAUACCAUGUGGCUCUAUUACAUCUCGCAAUAAUAGUGACGUCAUCGAUUUAAUCCCGAAGAUUUCAAACAGGAUGAUGACAAGCAGAGCUUUUAACGGAAAGAUUGAAGAAACUACGAUGUUAAUGUGUUCUAUGCCAGCCUGCUUGAGUAACCCUUGUCAGAAUGGUGAAAUCUGUGUGGAAACCAUGGUCGGUUAUCGAUGCGAAUCAUCGGUGUGCUACUCUGAUUGUAAUGCUGCGCUUGACGCUGGUCACCGCGUGGAUGGUGUCUAUCGGAUCUGUUUUAUCACAUCAGACGGUGUUCACAAAGGACCUUACAGUGUAUGGUGCCGCUAUGAUGAAACAUUUCACAUCGGAUGGCUGGUCAUACAGAGGCGUUAUGGCGGGAGCGUUAACUUUGAACGGCCGUGGGAAGACUACAAGCACGGCUUCGGCAAUAUCUCGACGGAGUUCCGGCUCGGCAACGACCUCAUUCACGACCUGACAAGUAGCAGGACCUUCCUUCUCCGCAUAAGCAUGUGGAGUGAGGACGGUUCAUACUAUCACGUGAGAUACCAUCCUUUUCGAGUCGGAGACGAGGGUAGUGGCUACCAACUCCACCUUUGUCGACGUACGUGUGGUAGUAGCUUGGAUCUGCAAGAUGGAGCUAAGUUCAGCACCAUCGACCGGGACAAUGAUGAGUUACCGGAAAUUGACACUUCAUGUGCCCGACUGAAGGGGGCUGGAUGGUACGCAGACUGCGGCAACGUCAGUUUCAACAUGAGACAAACGGAGAAUGGAACGAUUGGGGAAUGGUGGUCGGAUGGAACGGUGAUAAGGUUGGGAAGCUUUGAAUUCAGGAUAAGACCAGAUUGAAUUGAUGACAUUAAGGUCAAUAUUCUUAUGAAAAUAAUAAUAUUCAUAAUUUAUCUGUAAUUAUAUUCAUUGAGGC